CGCCGAGGACUAGCCCCUCUCCCGGCUGGGAGCUCCGGCGGAGCCGAAGCGCAACGGAGAGCCCCAGCGCGGGCGGAGAGCCCGGCGCGGAUCGCCCGAGUGGGGACUGUGGAGAGGAGGGCCGAACCGGGCUGCCCCGGAGGACCGAUGCGCCGGGUGGGGCGCCGGCCCCGGAGGGCGUGAGCCGCCCGCAGAUUGAGCAACUUGGAAACCGGCGGGCGGAGCGCGGGCGCGCUGGGCGCCCAGGACAGUUCCGCGGCGGGCGGGUGAGCCGGCCGCGCCCUCACCCUUCCCGGGCCUGCGCCCGCCGCGGCUGGCAGCGCGGAGGUUGGUGUUUGGAGGUGUCCCGACUGAAGUGACAAAGAGUUCUCCCCAUGUGACACCCCAAGGUGCCUUUGAGGAAAGUUCUCUGGGUCUCUUUAUGGGCUGAUGGAGAAGUAGGCUCCCCACACCCUCUCUGUCCCCAGCUGAGAUUAUGGUGGAUUUGGAAUACAGGGCAGAUUUGGGAUACAGUCCAGGCCUGGACAUCCUGCUGCUGACCCAGCCCCGGAGGCGUUAGCAAGAGCCCUGCGCCGUCCACCCCCGCAGAGACCACCCCUCCUACCAGGGGCCUGAAGCCGGCGAGUGACUAUGCGGCUUGGACUGUGUGUGGUGGCCUUGGUUCUGAGCUGGAUGCAUUUGGCCGCUGGCAGCCGGGGGAUCAAGGGGAAGAGACAGAGGCGGAUCAGUGCCGACGGAAGCCAGGCCUGUGCCAAAGGCUGUGAGCUCUGCUCGGAGGUCAACGGCUGCCUCAAGUGCUCGCCCAAGCUGUUCAUCCUGCUGGAGAGGAACGACAUCCGCCAAGUGGGCGUCUGCUUGCCAUCCUGCCCACCUGGAUACUUUGAUGCCCGCAACCCUGACAUGAACAAGUGCAUCAAAUGCAAGAUUGAGCACUGCGAGGCCUGCUUCAGCCACAACUUCUGCACCAAGUGUCAGGAGAGCCUGUACCUGCACAAAGGCCGCUGCUACCCUGCCUGUCCCGAGGGCUCUGCGCCUGCAGACGGCACCAUGGAGUGCAGCAGCCCGGCACAAUGUGAAAUGAGUGAGUGGUCUCUGUGGGGGCCUUGCUCCAAGAAGAAGAAGCUCUGUGGCUUCCGGAGGGGCUUGGAGGAGCGGACGCGGAGGGUGCUCCAUGCCCCGGCGGGAGACCACGCCGUCUGCUCAGACACCAAGGAGACGCGGAGGUGCACAGUGCGGAGGACACCCUGCCCCGAGGGGCAGAAGAGGAGGAAGGGCAGCCAGGGCAGGCGGGAGAACGCCAACAGGAACCCCAGCCGCAAGGAGAGCAAGGAGGCGGGCACCGGCGCUCGGAGACGCAAGGGCCAGCAGCAGCAACAGCAAGGGACAGUGGGACCGGUCACCUCCGCGGGGCCCACCUAGGGACCCUAUUCAGCCUCCCGGUCCAUGCAGAAGGAGCCCAGUGCUGCUCUGUGUGAUGAGAGCUUUACUGAACUUGAGCACUGGGGGCAAUGCGUACACACCCUCUCCAUACAUACAGGAACACACAGACACGUGCACACAGACCCCCAUGUCCAAACAGGUAACUGACAUACGUGCAAACAUGUGUGCAUGCAUGCGCUCAUGCACACACACACAUCGAAGCUACUGGAAGACACUUCUGUCCCUGGGACAUCACUGUGUGAGCAGGGUGGGGAAGCAGAGGGGUCGUCUCUGCCCCUCAGAGGGCCAAGAGGCACACACUUGGUUUGUGAUGCAACCAGUGGAUGCAUCAGAGAAUGUUGACCAGCGUCCAAGCCCAGACUCUGCAGAGUGGAACCUUCUGGAGGAGUUCAUAGGACCAGCCUGCGUGCAGACAGCAGCCAAAGCUGGAGAACUGUUCAGCAUCUCCAGCUGUGUGACUUUAUCCUUGGAGAGUACUGUUACACAUUCAUAUCAGGGCUUUCCUGACUCUGAAAACUGCUUAAAGGUUUAUUUCAAAUUAAAAACGAAAACCAACUGACAACAGUAGCCACAGGUACUAUGCUUCUUUUCAGGGUACAGGGUUUGGUGGAGUACGUAGGAGAGCAGGAAGAGACAGGGCUGAAUUUUAAGAGACCCCUGCUGGCCUCCUCUACGGGGCAGGGGUGGGGGGGUAAUAUUCGGGGAGGGAACCAGAUUCUCUACAUCUUUGUUAUUCAGAGGGUGGCCUGUGGACCAGCACCAACGUUAUAAGCAGGCAGCUUGUUAGAAAUGAGAAUUUACAGGUUCCAUCCCAGACCUGAUGAACCAGAGCCUGCAUUUUAACAAGGUUCCAGGUGACUGGCAUGUACAUUCAAGCCUGAGAAGCACUGCUCUCAUUCCCUCGAAGGAUGGAAUAGAGGUCUUGGCCAGCUUGCAGCAGGAAGGAUCCCGGUCAGCUCUAAAGGAAGACUUCCCAUCUGGGAGAGGUAGAAUCUAUAUCCUGAAGGGUUAUCAUAGCACUUUAGGGGGAGGGAGUGUCCAGGACCCUGAGAUGGCUGGGGACCACUGGACCCCAGUGGUGGGGUAGAUGGCAGAAGAGUGGGUGGAAUCCUUUCUUGUCAUUCUGAAGUGUCCGCUGGCAGCCAUCUGGUCACCAAGCUCUGGAAGGAUGUUUGGUUUCCAGCGGGGAGCCAGACAGGGGCCUUGCUCUCGUGGAGCUUAGGGGUUGGUCGGGGGACAGGCAUGAAUCAAGUAAUCCUUCCAAUAAAUGUGUAAUUAUAGAUGGGUGUAGUUAAAGGCAGACAACCACUGAAACACACGCAUAGCUAUGAAAGUAAAUAAAAAUAAAAGCUAUCUCAGGGAAGUUUUUCAGAGGAGGUAACAUUUGAGCUAAGCUCUGAAGGAUGGAGAGGAGUUAACACAAAGACAAGGAAGGGUGUUUAGACCAGUGCUGUCUGAUAGAAAUACAAUGUGAGCCACUUAUCUAAUUUAAUACUUUUCUAGUAGCCACAUUUAAAGAGUAAAAAACAGGUGCAGUUCAUUUUAUCUUAUAUUUAACCAAAUGUAUGCAAGCUGUUGUCUUUUUAACAUGUAAUCAAUAUAAAAAAAUUAUUAGCAAGCUCUUUUACGUUCUUUUUUUUAAACUGUCUUCAACAUUCUAUGUAUAUACUUACGCUUUAUAGCAUAU